CUGUGUUCCAAAACUUAUCAUGAACUCCAAUUCCUACCAAAUGAAAAGGAAGCCUUUCUUCUUUCUCCUGCUGGAAUUUCAAUACUUGUGAUGCACAGAGAUCAUUUUUAGAGAGCAAAAUCAGAGUAUAUGUCUAGAAGUUUUGGGUGAUGCAAGCCAAACAACAUGUAUUUGAAGUAAAAUCACCAGUAACCAACUUUCCAACGAUUUCAACUUGACCAAGAUAGGAAGAGCUUUUUCUGAUCUCCAUUAACAGGAAAAACAGCCAUCCCACAAGUAAGGAGAUUGUGAUUUCAAAUAGAUUAUACACCCAAGAUGGCUUCUUCCUCAUCUAUUGGUGCUCCUCAAGCAAAGCAUGAUGUUUUUCUCAGCUUUAGAGGGGAAGAUACUCGUUGCACUUUUACAAGCCAUCUCUAUGCUGCCUUGCGUAGAUGUAAAAUCGCUACUUUCAUUGACGAUGAGGAAAUUAAGAGAGGGGAUAAAAUAUCACCAACACUUCUUUCAGCAAUUGAGAGCUCAAAGAUUUCCAUAACAAUUUUCUCAGAGAAUUAUGCUUCUUCUACAUGGUGUUUGGAUGAACUCGAGAGAAUCAUUGAAUGCAAGGAGAAAAAACAACUUGUUGUAAUACCUGUUUUUUAUCACAUCGAUCCAUCACAUGUAAGACACCAGAGGGGAACUUAUGAAGUUGCAUUUACAAAACAUGAGGAACAUUUUAGGGACAAUCCAAUCAAGGUACAGAAUUGGAGAACUGCUCUGCAUGAAGCAGCCAACUCAGCAGGAUGGGAUUCCUCAAAUAUUAGGUUGGAGGCUGAACUGGUUGAAAAAAUUGUUGAAGAUAUAUUACAAAAGUUGAAUCGCAUGAGCCCACAUGUUCCAAAGGGGCUUGUUGGAGUUACUGCACACAUUGGACAUGUGGAAUCAUUGUUAUGCACAGGGUCCUCUGGCUUACGUAUUAUUGGAAUUUGGGGCAUGGGGGGUAUAGGUAAGACAACCAUUGCAGAUGCUCUAUGUGCAAAACUCUCUUCUCAAUAUGAGGGAUGCUACUUUGUCAAUGUGAGAGAAGAACGGAAAAAUCAUAGAGAAAAUGAUUUUCGGAGUAAACUUCUGACUGGAAUAUUAGGGGACCCAAAUUUGUAUAUUAGCACUCCUACUAUGAGUUCCACUUUUGUUAAAGAAAGGCUCCAACGUAAAAAUGUCCUCAUCGUUCUUGAUGAUGUCAGUGAUUCAAAACAAAUAGAAUAUCUUGUUGGAGAGAAAGAUUGGUUAGGACCUGGUAGUAGAAUCAUAGUGACCACUAGAAGUAAAGAUGUGUUUAACAGGGGAGUUGAUGGAGUAUACCAAAUGAUGGAGUUGAAUUCUGAUGAAGCGUUAAAGCUUUUUUGCUUGAAUGCCUUUCAACAAGACCAUCCAACGAGGGAAUAUAGACACUUGUCAGAAAGGGCAGUAAAUUAUGCUAAGGGCAUUCCAUUAGCACUAAAAGUUUUGGGUUCAUUACUUCAUUCCAAACCACCAAGAGAAUGGGAACGUGUGUUGGAUAAACUCAAGAAAAUUCCCCGAGCAGAAAUUUAUGGUGUGCUAGGAUUGAGUUAUGAAGGAUUAGACCACGAAGAGCAGAAUAUAUUUUUAGAUAUUGCAUGUUGUUUCAAAGGAGAGACAAAAUGCCGUAUAACAAGUAUAUUAGAUGGCUGUGGCUUUUCUACAGAUGUUGGGAUCAGAUGCCUUCAAGAUAAAUCUCUUAUAACUGUGUCUAAAGACAACAAGGUACAGAUGCAUGAUUUGAUACAAGAAAUGGGUUGGCAAAUCGUCCGUGAAGAAUCUCUGAAAGAACCUGGAAAGCGAAGUCGAUUGUGGGAUCCUAAAGAAAUUUUUGAUGUCCUCAAGAAUAACAGGGGUACUGAGUCCAUUGAAAGCAUAGUGUUGGACAUGUCUCUAAUCAAACAUGUCACCUUAAACCCUCAAACUUUUCACAGAAUGCACAAGCAAAGGAUUUUAAAGUUUUAUAUGCCCUCAUUCGAUGAGAGAAGCAAAGUGCAUAUUUCCAGAGGUCUUGAAUGUAUGCCUGAUGAAUUAACUUAUCUCCGAUGGGACUGUUUUCCAUUGAAAUCCUUGCCACCAUCGUUUUGUGCAGAGAAGCUUGUUGAACUUGAUCUAAAACAUAGCCUCAUUGAAAAACUUUGGGACGGAAUGCAGGAUCUUUUGAAUUUGAAGUCAUUAUAUCUAAGUGAUUGCAAGCAUCUGAUUGAGCUCCCAGAUUUCUCUAUGGCUUUAAAACUUGAAGAAGUACAUCUUGAUGGUUGUACAAGUUUGAUGAAAGUUCCUUCAUCCAUUUUGUCACUUGAUAGUCUGUUUGCACUAAAUCUGAGAGGCUGUAAACAACUUUGCUACAUUCAAAGUGAGAAGCAAUCUAGAUCUCUUCAAUGGCUUACUCUCAGUGGGUGCUCGAGACUUGAAAAAUUUUCAGUCUCUUCAGAGAAAUUGAAAUACAUGGUCUUAGAUGCAACAGCAAUUGAAAAAUUGCCUCCAAUAUUUGACACCUCAUUGUCAAUCACAAAACUCUUUCUGGAUAAUUGUUCAAAUUUAUCAGAACUCCCUGACAACCUUGGCCUGUUAUCAACGUUAAAUAAACUUUCGUUAAGAGGAAGCAAUAUUGAGAACUUACCUGAUACCAUAAAAAAUCUUUCUCAGUUGAGAGAUCUCAAUGUAAGCAAUUGCAGGAGGCUUCGUUCCUUGCCAGAGCUUCCAUUCUUUUUACAGGACUUGAAUGCAAGUAAUUGUGUUUCCCUAGAAACAGUAUCAAAUUUAGGGAUCACGCUUUUGCAAGAGUCUUUUGGCAGGAUAAAGAAGACAUCAUUGAUCAGACAGAUUCAAGAAGAAGAAAAAAUGUCUAUUCGUCAUCGUAACUAUUUGUGGAGGUUCGAGUUUUAUAAUUGCAUAAAGUUGGAUCAGAUUGCAAGCAACAAUGUUAUGGAAGAGGCACUAAUUAGAAUUCAGCUCGCAGCCUACCUGUCAUCAAGGAUUGAAGUAAUAUGUGAUUCUUAUUUUCAAACUGAUGAAGUUUUUAAAAUGGAUGACCCUGAAGAUUUUAUAUAUGUUUCCCGUCCGGUUUACAUUAUUCUACCGGGAAGUGAAGUGCCAAAUUGGUUCACACAUAAAAGAACAGACUCCUCAACUUCAAAACUUUUUGUACAGUGUUAUCCUUGUCACAGUUACAUGGGCUUUGCUUUCUGCCUUGUUCUAGGACCAAUGCACUCAAACAGGGAGAAAAAUCAUCAUAAUGGUUUUGUGGCAGGGUGCAGAUACUAUUUUGAAGACACAUAUGUGGGAACUUGCAUGAUAAAUUCUUCUUGCAAUAAUGCUGAAUCGGAUCAGGUAUGGCUCUGGUAUGAAAAAUUAAAAGUUGUAGAGGGAAAAAGCUAUGAAUAUCAUAGUACUUUCUCUAAGAAUGUCUCCUUUGAAUUUUUUGUUCGACCUCAAAGUUCAGGACUUGUCGUGAAACAGUGUGGAAUUCGACCAUUGUAUCAUGCACAUGUCAUCAUGCAAAGCUCAAAUGAACAAGAAGGUGGCAGAGAAGAUAAGAGAUCUUACAGUCAGUCUGAAGCCUACGAAAUUCGAAGGAAGUAUGUGCUUUUGCGGUCGUAUGUUCUUCCUCCAUCACAAUCAAAGAGACAAAGAAUUCAUGGGUAUCAUAAUGGACAUCUUGGGAUACCCUUUUCAUCAGUUUAUUCUGCCAAGUAUGUUUCUGAACUUGCAAUGCAACAUCACCGUUCUGGUAGUUUAGAUGAAGUACUUGUUCAUUUUGGCCUUGUUAGUUUCUACCACCAACGUGAUGUGUCUAUGCAACUUGCUCUGCGGUGUUUAGCACAACUGCUGCUGGAUGACUAUUGUUAUUUAGGCAAACUCCUAGACAAUAUCAACAUCUUAUCAUCGUUGAGAAGAUUGUCAAUACAUGGUGGCAAUUUUGAGAGCUUGCCUGCAAGCAUCAAGCUUCUUUCAAGGCUGGAACGUCUUUCAAUAAAUGAGUGCAAGAGGCUUAGGUCUCUACCAAAGCUUCCAUUAUCACUUCAAUGUUUAGUUGCCGAUAAUUGCACAUCUCUGGAGACAGUUGAGUUAGCUCAGGAAAACAAGCUGGUAUUUUUUGGAAAGUCACACGAUCCAAUGGUAUUUUCUCCAAUUUCUAUAUAUGAAAAAGUAUGGAGAAUUGAAGUUAUUGACCCAGAAAGAAGAGUUACGAAGUGGCACAUGUUAAUGUCACCAAAUGAUCCCAUAUCUGUUGAAUUCAGUAUUGCUUCACAUAUCGAGCUGUUGAAUGUCACGUGUGUAUCCGGCACAAUAAAAAUUACCACCAAGUGAUAAAUAGUUAAGGAAAUCAGAAAAAAUAAUGUGACGGUUUCAUUUGAAUUCAGACUAUCCAAAUCCAAUUGCUUGACCAAGGAACGAAGGGCAUCAAGAAACAACCUUCCUCUUACUGCUUGAUAGGUAAAUUGGUUAUCUUGUGAACAAUUUCGGCUUCAAGACAGGGAGACUGAAAAUGCUACUCCUUUGCAUGCUGGGCGAUUAUUGCACCAAUUCAGUGUUGAUUGAUAUACCUUGACUGAAUCACGAACGUUUCACCAAUUCGGUGCUUCCAGCUUUAUAGGGCUGUGCAUCCUAUUUACCUUUCACAUGCAUCAAAUAUUAAGAUUUGUCAUGCCAGCUGAAGCCUGAAACUUUGACAUGUAAUGGAAGAUCUAUGCAGUCAGGCAAGAUUUUCAGCCAAGUCAGAGCUGCCAUUCAUUUAUUUCUAAUUUACUAGUUAUCCUAACCCUGAAUUUUAUGGAUUGU